CGCUACACUAUAUUGUUUACGGAUGUAGGCAUACUGAAACAACUCGCUAAACUCCUUUGGAUAAAUCACGAGUUAGUUUACCGUGUGAUAGUUCAUCACGUAAACUCAAUCUGCGUGACUUUGCAGCUUUUGGUUAACCUGGAAAUCACCUUGUCAUGGCGAUAAGACUUUGUGGUGUUGUUAUACUGGUUGCAGCUUCUAUUCAGGACUGUGAUGGGGUCCUGCGCUUCGCCUCCUACUAUCAAGACCACAUGGUGCUGCAGAAGUCUCCAGAGAGAGCUGUAGUUUGGGGCUAUGGAUCCGAGGGGGCACAGGUGAAAUUCACCUUGUCAGGACAACACCAACAGAACGUCUCACAGGCCACAGUGACAAACGGUACCUGGCGGGUCACUCUAGACCCUGUUGAAGCUGGAGGUCCCUACAAUGUGACAGCAGCCGUGCAGAACAUCACAGCUGUUCUGACAGACGUGCUGUUUGGAGACAUUUGGCUGUGUGGAGGGCAGAGCAACAUGUUGUUUGAAGUCUCUAAGAUCUUCAAUGCAUCAGAGGAGCUGAAGCGUGCAGCACAUUAUCCUCAUGUGAGGACUUUUAUGGCAACCCUGGCCCAGAGCAAAACUGAGCAAACUGAUUUGAUUGACGUCCAAAUUCCCUGGUCUGUGCCGCCAUUAUAUCUGUCUGGUUUCUCUGCAGUGUGCUGGCUCUUUGGUCGUGAUUUGUAUGAUAAGCUGCAGUACCCCAUAGGACUGGUGGAGUCCUGUUGGGGGGGCACACCAAUCGAACCCUGGUGCUCUCCAAGAGCACUACAGCACUGUGGACUACUACAGGAGCCUGGUGACGGUCCCAAAGUAAAUUCAGUGUUGUGGAAUGCAAUGAUCCACCCACUGCUGAACAUGACCAUCAAAGGAGCCAUCUGGUACCAAGGUGAGUCUAACACAAAUUAUCAUCAAAAGAAGUACAACUGUUCCUUCCCUGCUAUGAUUGAUGACUGGAGGAUGGCGUUUCAUCAGGGCUCAGGAGGGCAGACGGCUCUCGAUUUCCCUUUUGGAUUUGUCCAGCUGAGUACCUGUGAAAACAAAUCCAAAAGUGACGCCUAUCCGAAUAUCCGCUGGCACCAGACAGCAGAUACCGGCUUUGUCCCAAAUCCCCGGAUGCAGAAAACUUUCAUGGCUGUGGCUAUGGAUUUGCCGGAUAAAAAAUCUCCCUAUGGCUCGAUCCAUCCCCGAGAUAAGCAGGACGUAGCCUUCAGACUGUCAUUGGGAGCAAGGGCAGUGGCGUAUGGUGAGCAGGACGUGGCCUUUUGUGGACCUUUCCCCAGCCAAAUCCUGUCCACUCCAAAGUAUCUCAAGAUUACCUACGACCAGAAAGUCUCUGUCACUCCUUCUGAAAACAUCUUUGAGAUCUGCUGCUCAGAGAGUGAGUCUCCAUGGGAUCCUAAGGCUCAUUGGGUUCCAGCUCCCAUCAUGCAGUGGGGUCUGACCACUGUCCAGUUAUCUACCAGCGUGUGUUCUCCCACUGAACAAGUAGCUGCUCUGCGGUAUGCAUGGAGAAACUGGCCCUGUGACUUUAAAGCCUGUCCAAUCUACAGCGCCAGUAAGAUUUUACCUGCUCCUCCUUUUAUUGCCAACCGCACUCCAGCCAAAGUAAUCAAUGAACUGUAAGAAGACCAAAUAAUGAACAGUCUGCCUUUGUUCAAGUCAACAUAAGCUGAUUUCUCAAUGUAGUGGAAUUAGGCAAAUGAAUGACUUUAAACAGGACGAUUGAGACUGUGAAAGUAAGGAGCUGAAAAUAAUAUGACACGAUAGUGGAUUGUUACUGCGAAAAGCUCAACUUGUCUUAUAUUCCUAUUUUUAAUGGUUUAUGACUAGACAAUUACUUCUGGUAUUCAAUAAGUUAAUUGAUUAGUCUUAGAGGGGGGAGUGACCGAUCCUACAAACUACUAAGUGAAAAAUACUGUCUUCAAUUUAUGGCAUCUGGAUUCAAAGCUCAUCCUCAUUUAUUGUACAAAUGUGGUCAGUUUGUCUGAAAGAGUCCAAACAAUCAAAAGAGAAUAAUGCAACAAGAUUAUUGUUGCUAUAUCACGUCUUGGUUGGCAGUUGUACCUGUCAGCCUGGUGGGAAAUAUGUUUACUUUAUUUUAAAAGGUGUUUUUUAAUCAGUCCGUCUCAAAUUUAAAUACUGAAUGUUAAGUAAAAAAAAAUAAUUGUUGGAUGUAUGUAGAAAAAAAUGACAAAGGUUUUAUUUGAACAAAACUCUGAAGUGUACAACACAAAUCAGUCGUUAUGACUAAAUGUUUGAACAAAUAAAUGUGAAAUAAACAA